UGUUUUUUUUUUUUUUGUGAGGAAUUUAGAUUGCAUUCUUUGGUACACCGUAUUGAUUUCAUUGUUUAUUGGGUGAUGUAAUUGGCGGCUUGGGGAAGUGUGUAGUGGCCGCAUUUACCUGAACAAGACGACAACCGUUGCUGAGCCAAAACGCAGCCAUGGCAGCUACUACGACGAGAAAAACAUUGUCGCAGUGUUUUCUGCGCACGUUUUGGAGGGGUAGUGCGCGAAAUUAUGGUGCUUUAUCCGAAGGAGGAAUAAACCCUUCUUCUUCUACUUCCUCUUCUCAGCACCUCAUCAACUUGGAACAUGAAUUCAGUGCCCACAAUUACCACCCUGUUCCGAUUGUAUUCUCUCAAGCAAAGGGAUCUACUAUAUGGGAUCCAGAGGGGAAUCGAUAUUUGGAUUUUCUCUCAGCUUACUCGGCGGUUAACCAGGGACACUGUCAUCCCAAGAUCAUGAAAGCAAUGAAAGACCAGGCAGAAAGGCUCACUCUCAGCUCCAGAGCCUUCUAUAAUGAUAAAUUCCCGACAUUUGCAGAGCAUCUUACGAGCAUAUUUGGUUAUGACAUGGUGCUACCGAUGAAUACUGGUGCAGAAGGUGUGGAAACAGCUCUGAAGUUGGCAAGGAAAUGGGGUUAUGGAAAAAAAUGUAUUCCCAAAGAUGAGGCUAUUAUUGUCUCUUGUUGUGGCUGCUUUCAUGGUCGUACACUUGCUGUCAUCUCCAUGAGUUGUGACAAUGAUGCUACACGUGGAUUUGGGCCAUUGUUGCCAGGACAUCUAAAAGUUGAUUUCGGUGAUGAAAUUGCCCUUGAGAAAAUCUUCAGAGAAAAUGGGGACCGAAUAGCUGGAUUUCUUUUUGAACCCAUUCAAGGAGAGGCUGGGGUUGUAAUUCCUCCAAAUGGUUAUUUAAAAGCAGUAAGAGAUCUCUGCUCAAAAUAUAAUGUUUUAAUGAUUGCGGAUGAAAUACAAAGUGGGUUAGCACGGACAGGGAAAAUGCUGGCUUGUGACUGGGAAGAAGUUCGACCAGAUGUUGUAAUAUUAGGAAAAGCCUUGGGUGGUGGAGUGAUACCUGUAAGUGCAGUGCUUGCUGACAAAGAUAUAAUGCUUUGUAUUCAACCUGGAGAGCAUGGAAGCACUUUUGGGGGGAACCCUUUGGCUAGUGCAGUUGCCAUUGCCGCCCUAGAUGUCAUCCAAGAUGAGAAGCUUGCUGAGAGAUCUGCAAAAUUGGGUGUAGAGCUCCAGAAUCAGCUUCUUGAGAUUCGGCAGCAAUUUCCAGAACACAUUAAGGAAGUACGAGGAAGAGGUUUGUUUAGCGCUGUGGAGUUCAACAGCUGGAGUUUGUUUCCUGUUUCUGCGUUUGAUAUCUGUCUAAAGUUGAAGGAAAGAGGGGUUCUUGCAAAGCCAACUCACAAUACAAUAGUCCGGUUAACUCCUCCUCUUUCUAUAAGUUCCGAUGAGCUCCAACAAGGCACAAAGACACUUCGCGAUGUUCUGGAAUUUGAUCUACCAAAAAUGCAGAAGACCACUGCAAAAAAUGUGGCACCAACAACUGAUAGCACAUGCCAUCGAUGUGGCCGAAACUUGGGAUGAAGUAUCUGCACUUUCCUUUUCGCUCCUACGUGAACGAACUGAAAUUUAUUACUGUUUGGUUCUCGGUCAAAAUAUAGUCCGAACAAUAUAUGACGGUUCAAUCUAAUUCUGAAUCGAUAAAUACUCUUUAUGUAUUACUAUAGUCUUUCUCUUUAUUGUUUCAAGAAAGAAAUUCAACACACUCAUAUUUGUUGUUUCAA